UAAAAAAUGACACGCAACCAAACACGCCCUAAGCUAUGUACUAGGUUGGGUUUUGCGUCGUGUUUUGCUUCCCCCGUUUUCUGCACACUCCAAAUCAACGUCUCUUUGGAAAGGUUCUAUCGCCAGCGUCGAUUUCGUGAGUCUCCGUUGCCUCAGGUUUUGUUAAACUACGUUUCUGGCAGUUAGACCACUAAUUUAUUGACUUGCCCUGAUGACUUAGCUGAUUUUUGGUUUAUACAACUAUGAGAUAAUCUACUGAAAACCUUAAUUUGAGGCUGUAAGCAUUUUGAUUGGCGAAGGAAGCUAUCUAGAAAGCAAUAUGGAGACUAAGCACUGCAGUUUCUGGCUUCCCAACAAAAACAGAUUUUGUGCAAAUACCCUUCUCAAUGGUUCCUUGUUCUGUGGUAAUCAUAACUCAAGGCCCGAAGGCCAGUGGAUUCAAUGCCCUGUAGAUCCAUCUCAUUCAGUGCUUGAGCAAAAUCUCAAUUGGCAUGUUAAGCGGUGCCCGUUGCUGAAACAGGUUCAAUCCCUGUCUGACCAACCUUUCUAUCAAAAAGGUAUCAAUUCUGGUUCUGAUGGAGAACUACAAGAGGAGGAAACUUCAGAGAUUAAUGAUUCAAAAUUGCCCACUUUGACCGUUUCUUCUGAAAUGAAGAGGAAUGCAGUUCGUAGGAUGAGUGUGCCUGAAUUCUGCAAUUUGAUUGAGAAGGUUGAAUCUAUUCAUGAAUCAUUGUGUAAACAUAUUGAGGACUCAUUUCAGAUGCCAGAUGUUUGCAGUCUUUGGAUUAAAAGCAAAGAAGAAGAAAGGAAAUUGCCAUUUCAGGAGAAACAUAUAAUGCAGCAGGCAUCUAUUGUGGGAAAUUUGGAAAACUUUGGUGUAUUGAAGAAUUCUCUUAGUAGGAAACAAUCAACAUGUGAGGAACCAGUUAAGGGGAAGGAUGAUGGCGUUUCUACAGUCAUUGAGUUUGGAGCUGGUAGAGGGUAUUUGACACAAAUGCUUGCAGAUUGUUAUGGAAUCAGUAGAGUUUUCCUCGUUGAGCGAAAGGCAUACAAGUUGAAGGCUGAUCGAUCCUUGCGACAAAAUGAGAGCUUGACGUUAGAGCGUUUGAGAAUUGACAUUGAAGAUUUAAAUUUGAAUGCUGUUGAGUCUUUGCAAGGAGUUCCAUUUCUGGCCACCGGUAAACAUCUAUGCGGACCUGCAACAGAUUUGACUUUGAGAUGCUGCUUUCCUGAAUAUAGAAAAGAUAGUAAUGAACAGCACACUGCUAAUAUUAGUUUUGGAGGUUUAGCUAUAGCAACAUGUUGUCACCAUCUUUGCCAGUGGAAACACUACACAAAUAAAAAGUUUUUCUUAGAUUUGGGAAUGACAAAGGAAGAAUUUCAUGCCAUUACAUGGUUUACCAGCUGGGCUGUAGAUGCUACUCAUGAUUCAGAUCUUCCUGAUACUACUAAUUGUAUAUCGCAUUUACAAUCAAUAAAGGAACAAGGUAAUGGAUAUACAGAUGGAGUUGAAAAAAUUCUUUCAGAAAUGGAAGCAGAAAAAAGAGCAGCACUGGGAUUUAAGUGCAAGUGGAUCAUUGACAUGGGGAGGUUGAUGUGGUUAAGAAAACUUGGAUUAGAAGCAAAACUUGUCAGAUAUGUUCAGCCAAGCAUUUCUCCUGAAAAUCAUUUACUAUUAGCUAAACCUUUGAAUUGAUUAUCUAUAUGAUCCUUCUAUUCUUUAUCUUGUAGCCUUUGUAGACCUUGAGCUAUAAUUUAUUGUCCGGUUGAUAAUGUAGUUUUCUGAUGUACUGAACUAAAACGAGGAUCACUUUACAUUGUUUAUCUGGGGGAUUAGGAAUGCUUUGUUCCAUGGAUUGAAAUGGAAGUGUUUGAUUUUUUA